UCUCAUAAAUAUAAAACAUUAAGCUAAAUUUAAUGUAAUUUAUACUUCGAUGUAUAUGUUGGCAGCAAAAUGUAUAUCAAAUCUAUCGUGUUGGACGGAUUCAAGUCCUACGGGAACCGUGUUGAGAUCACCGGGUUUGACCCUGAAUUUAACGCUAUCACGGGUCUAAACGGCACCGGAAAAUCAAAUAUCCUGGAUUCUAUUUGUUUCGUGCUCGGAAUUACUAAUUUAUCCAACGUGCGAGCUGGAAGUCUUCAAGAGUUAAUCUACAAGCAUGGACAGGCUGGCAUCACUAAGGCCACCGUUAGCAUCACAUUUGACAACCGAGACAGGAAUCAAUGUCCCAUUGGCUAUGAGAACCAUGAUGAAAUUACUGUUACUCGGCAGGUGGUCAUGGGCGGCAAGAACAAGUACCUGAUUAACGGCAUCAAUGUCCAGAACAAGCGAGUCAGCGACCUGUUCUGCUCCGUACAGCUCAAUGUCAACAACCCGCACUUCCUCAUCAUGCAGGGCCGCAUCACUAAAGUGCUCAACAUGAAGCCACCUGAGAUCCUCUCAAUGGUAGAAGAGGCUGCCGGGACUCGCAUGUACGAAGCCAAGAAGCAGGCCGCCCAGAAAACCAUUGAGAAGAAAGAUGCUAAGCUAAGGGAACUCAAUGAUAUCAUCCGCGAGGACAUCGCGCCGAAACUCCAGAAGCUGCAGGACGAGCGCUCGCAGUUCCAGGAGUACCAGAAGGUGGUCAGGGAACUGGAGAACGUCACCAGGCUAUAUGUUGCCUACAGAUAUGUAACGGCCGAGAAGAACCUAAAAGAGGCUCAAGACAAAGUGACGGAAGUUGAAGACGAGAUACAAGCCAAGAAAGAUGAGAUUGUCAGCAACAAGGAAACUUCAAAGGAUUUGGAAAAGCAGAUGAAUGAGUUACAUAAAAAGCUUGAAGAUCAAACCGGCAACAACCUAAAAGCCUUAGAAAAAGAGUUGGCCGGUGUAGAGAAAACUGAAGCCAGUGCGUCAGCAGCGCACAAGGCUGCUAAAGAGGCUGUCAGCACACAGGCCAAACAGGCUAGGAUCAUGGAAAGGUCGUUGAAGGAUGAUGAGAAGGCGCUUAAUGAUAAAAGGAAGAUAUUGAGCGAGGCGUCAUCAACGUUCGAGGGCCUACGAACUGCAAGCGAAGCGGCGGAGGCAGCUUUAGCGGCCGCACAGGCGACCUUUAUAUCGGUCAGCACCGGCAACGAGGGCGCUUCCGAGUCUCUACAAGACCAGCUCAUGGCGGCCAAGGCAGAAGCGUCCGAAGCUUCAACGUCGAUAUCCCAAGCCCAAAUGGAGAAGAAACACGCAGAAGACCGGCUCAAGACUUUGGAGAAGGAGUUCAAAGCGAGCAGCGCGCAGUUCACCAAGGACCAGGAUAACAUAGGCAGGCAGCAGGCCCAGCUGGAUAAACUACAGGCCGAGCUCUCGAGCAUGAAUUUCAGCGAAGCCCGCAACACGGAGCUGAAGGGUCUCAUCCGGCAGAUACAAUCAGAGACCGUCGGCAAAAGGGAUUCACUAGACCGCCUCAGUUCAAGACUUCAGCGUUGCCAGUUCCAAUACCAGGCGCCGACCAGAGACUUCGACCAUUCUAAAGUACAUGGUAUCGUCGCGAGACUGAUAAACGUCAAUGAUCCAGUGUACUGUACUGCGCUAGAAACUGCCGCGGGCGGCAAACUAUACAACGUAGUAGUAGACACAGACGCCACAGUGGACCUACUGCUCAAGAAAGGCAACAUCCAGACUCGAACCACCAUGAUACCGCUGAACAAGAUCACCGCUUACACCAUUGAUGAUCAGACGCUCAGGCUGGCGCAGCAAAUUGGCGGUCCCGAGAACGUCCAGCGCGCCGUGGACCUGAUAUCGUUCCCGGCCGCGCUGCGCCCCGCCAUGGGCUUCGUGUUUGGCGGCACCUUUGUUUGCAAGGACGCCGACACGGCCAACAAAGUCACAUUCCACCCGCAGAUCAGGAAACGAUGCGUUACUGUCGAGGGGGAUGUGUAUGACCCGGCCGGGACGCUGUCCGGAGGAGCUAGAGUUAAGGGAGGUUCCGUGCUAAUGCAAAUCCAGCAGCUCCAGCAGUUAGAGCAGGAGUUGGGCCGAGCUGACUCCCAGCUGCAGCAGUACCAGGCCGAGCUGAACGCCAUGCAGGCGGCGGCCGAGGCUUACAGCAGUAAACAACAAAGAUUCGACAUGAUGUCCCACGAGCUAGAAGUCGUGAAAGCCCGCCUCGCCACCACAUCGCACGCCCAAACCCACGCUGAGAUAGAAUCGCUACGUGCGAGGGUGACAGAACUAGUAAAACAGUUGGAGGAAGACAAGGCGAGACAGCUGGCGGCUGCGGCGAGGGCUAAAGAGCUGGAGGCCAAGGUCAAGGACAUCAAAGGUCACAGGGAAAGGGAGUUCAAAAAAGCGGAAGAGACCCUCAAGAAGGCUAAGAAAGAAGCGGAACAUCACAGCAGCAGCUGGAAACAACGGGAGCAGGAGUUCUCCACUUUACAGCUAGAGGUGGCCGAGUUGGAAAAAGGUGUGACCACAAGCUCUACUCAGCUAGCGGAGACUAAGGCGGCCGCGGAGAGGCUAGCGGAGGCGCUACAAACAGCCAAGGACGAGCAUGCUGCUGCUGAGAACGCAGUAAAAGAGAUCCAAGGCCGCAUCAAAGCUAUGAAAGCAGAGAUAGCGUCGCGCAACACAGAGGUCGCUCGUCUGUCUCAACAGAGAGAAAAGCUGGACGCCAAGAACAACGAUAUCAACCUUAAGAUCAAGGAGUUAGAGUUCAAGAUCAAAGAGCUGGAGACUGAGGCCACUGAGUGUGGUAAGAAGAUCACAGUCCUCGAGAAGGAGCACACGUGGAUCCCCGGCGAGAAACAAUACUUCGGCGCGGCCGGUGGCUUAUACGACUUCCAGGCGCGGCAGGCACACGCCGCUGGUGCGAGACUCAACCAACUUAAGGAGAGGAAGGACAAAUUAGCGAGGGGACUUAAUGCUAGAGCUCAUACGUUGCUUGGGAAGGAGGAGGAACAGUAUCAAGAUGUCCUCCGCAAGAAAGCGAUAGUCGAGGCAGAUCGCGCAAAACUCGUCCAAGUAAUGGCCGAACUGGACGAGAAAAAGAAACGCACACUCGUCACAGCUUGUGAACAAGUCAACAGGGACUUCGGAUCAAUAUUCAGUACUUUACUGCCGGGGGCUCAGGCCAAGCUGCGACCGCCAGAGGGACUCACUGUGCUAGAUGGAUUGGAGGUGAAAGUAGGCUUCAACAACACGUGGAAGGAAUCCCUGGGCGAGCUGUCUGGCGGUCAGCGGUCUUUAGUGGCGUUGUCGCUGGUGCUGGCCAUGUUGCUGUUCAAGCCCGCGCCGCUCUACAUCCUGGACGAGGUGGACGCGGCGCUCGACCUGUCGCACACGCAGAACAUCGGCCACAUGCUUAAAGAACACUUCAGACACUCGCAGUUCAUCAUCGUAUCCCUGAAAGACGGCAUGUUCAACAACGCCAACGUGCUCUUCCGGACUCGCUUCGUUGAUGGAAUGUCCGCCGUACAACGGACCGUCAACCGCCGGUAAACAGAUUCUAGACCUUAUACCUGUUAUUAG